AGCUUCUAGCAUCUACACAUAGUUUCUGCUGGUCUCUCUGUUUUGGUUGGGUUCGAUGUCGAUAGGUUAACAAUUUUCUUUUCCAUUUUCCAUUUCCAUUGUACACAGUAUGUACUCUCUGUUUUGUCCGGUUUGCUUGUCUCCUUGGCCUACUGCUGAUUUCCACUGCAUCCCCCGGGCCUCCUCCCCUCCCUUCCUUCCUCCCUUCCUCCCUCUCUCCGCACGCGCACGUGUGUGCCGCACCUUAACGUUACUAGGUACUGGGUAUUCAUCCUUCUCAUAUCUAUCCACAACAAUCCAAAAGGGAACGAUUGCGGAACCAUCACUGCAACCGGCUUUCUAAACCAUUGUUCACCCCCCCGCCCCCCCCCAAACCAAUUUACCUUACUCCACCCAUUUGCUUCUUUGGCUUCACACUCAUCCAUCUACUCAUCCAUUCAUCCA